CGCGCGCGCCCGGCCGGCCGGGGUGUUGGGUCCCGACCGGUUGUCUGUGGCGGGUUUUUUUUUGUCUUUCGUGUGGUUCGACAGCCCCGUCCGCUGCUCUAUUCGGAAGGAAUGCUGGAAAAUGGAAAUAAUUUGAACAUCCCUGACCGCGGGGGGGAAGGCGAUGAGGAAACGGUGGCGACGUCAGCCGUGGCAGAUGCACCGAGUCCCGACGCAAUCUGUGAGGGACACCAUGUGGUCCUAAAGCGAGACGAGGUCUUUAAAGCCGUGCAAGUGUGCAAGAGGAGAAAAAUCAUCUUUGAGAAGCAGUGGUUUUACUUGGACAACGCAAUUGGACAUAAAUAUGGCACAACUUUUGAAGUUUCGGCCGGUGGGGCACUGCAACCACGUAAAGCAGAAUCUGAAGAAAUUGAAGAACUCAACGAAGCUGGUAUUGAUAAUAGAAACAUAAUUGAUGAUGGCAAGUCUCAGAGGCUCAGCAGAGACGAUAUUGAGGCACUUAAAGGACAAGGCUUGAAAGGGCAGGAUAUUGUUCAACGAUUAAUAGAAAACAGCACAACAUUUAGAGAUAAAACUGAAUUUUCUCAGGAAAAAUAUAUCAAGAAAAAGAAAAAAAAGUAUGAAGCAUUUAUCACUAUCUUGAAACCCACUGCAAGAAUAAUGGCAAUGAUGUAUCAUUCCCGUGAACCAGGUAAAAUUUGCCAUUUACGUUAUGACACCCUGGCACAGAUGCUCGCAUUUGGGAAUAUCCACGCUGGCUGCAAAGUAAUUGUAGUGGAAACAUGUGCUGGCCUGGUACUAGGCUCUGUAAUGGAAAGGUUAGGAGGUUAUGGCUCUGUUGUCCACAUGUAUCCAGGUAGCAUGCCCGUUAGAGCAGCAAUGGAGAACUUCGGAUUUCCAAAAUCAUUUUACGAUCACCUUUAUGACUUCCCUAUAAACAAACUGAACAGUUUUCUUUCUGGAAGAUCUUUGGCAGAAAAUGAAACAUUACAGAAUCAGACCAAAGUUACAUUGGGAGAAGGUAAUAGGAGCCCACUGAGCACACAUCGAGGUGAUGAGGUGCCUUGUGCUGAAACCGUGAUGGAUAACAACCAAGCUGGGAAAGUCCAGGAUGUUGCUUUUUGCACGAAAGAUAAAGACACAAAUACAGAUAGGAAAGCCAAUGUCGAAGAAAGGAACAGCAAGCAAGAAGAUCGACUCAAGAAACUACAGGCUGCUGCUGCUGUGCUUCAGGAGAGAAAUGCAGAUGGGUUAAUUAUUGCAAGUCGACUAUAUCCUAGUCCCUUACUACUUUCUCUUCUGGAGUUUGUGGCACCAUCCAGACCAUUUGUCAUCUACUGCCAAUACAAAGAGCCAUUGCUCACGUGCUAUGCAGAUCUGCGAGAAAGAGGUGGAGUUAUUAACUUACGACUAUCUGAAACAUGGCUGAGAGGUUAUCAGGUUUUGCCUAACCGAACUCAUCCAAAAUUGACAAUGAGUGGAGGUGGUGGUUAUAUUCUGACUGGUAUCACUGUUGCUGUGGAUAGAGGCAAAUCUGUUGCUAGUAUUCCUGAGCCACAGGAGUCUGAAGAACCUCUAGCAAAAAGACAAAAGGUAGAAGGAUGUAUAAGUUAGCUGUCCAUCGUCCCUUCAAGCAUUACCAAUUAUCCUGAAGCUGCUCAAUACUGGAACAUCAUGAGAAGUUCAAGCCAUGGGUUUUGAAAGAGAAAUGUAAAAUGGAAUGUGUGCUUUUUUGGAAAGAAAUUUCAAAAGGUGCACUCAGUGCAGUAAAAUAUAUAAAUGUAUAUCAAUGUAAAAUCCUUAUUUUUGUGUGGAUUAAAAGAGGAAAGAAAGUAUUUUGGAAAAUGAGCACACGCUGAAGUUUAGUUCAAGAGCAGGUUGUAGAACUCUUAUGCAGACAAUGCUAAUAGAUUAUUCCAUUUGUCUUGUGCUGUUGGGCCUCCAACUAUAGAAAAUAGAAGUCCUAUUUAUUCUAGAUUUCUGGAAUUCUAAAGAGAUAACUUGCAACAGGUCCUUUGGCCCAUCAUCCAUGCUGCCGACAUCAACUCAUUUAUUUUAGUCAUUUUUUUUUAUUCCACCUACCUUCCACUGACCUACAUUAUCAGGGGCAAUUUCAGCAGCCAAUUGAUGUGCAGCUUUGGGAGGUGAGAUGAAAUUGGAGCGUAUGGAGUCACACAAAGAAUGUGUUAACUCUGCACAGUCAAUACUGAGGUCAUGAUUGAACCCAAACCUCUAGUACUGUAGCUUUUAAUAUGUAUGUAAAUCAAGUUGUGGAAGCUAAUUUACUGCACUAAAUGUUUUUUUACUCAGUUUUUUUUUAGGGAAUUUAUUUAUACAUUUUAUAAAUGUUUUCAAGAGUAAUUUAACCACAUGGUCCCAUCAUCUUAAUCAACAAAUGGAAUUACUUCAGAUUUAAUCAAAUUUGGCUGCAUUUUGAAAGUGAUUCUGUGUGUCUUUCUGAUAUGUCCAAUUGCUUUGACAAAAUACAAGGAUAAAAAUACCCAUAUAAUGCUUCCUCUUUAUAAAUCUUGUUACUUUGAAAAUUGUUUUACUCUUUAACCCUUUUCUUUUAAAUUUCUGCUUUAAAAUCAACAGCUGCAUGUGUGUUCAGAAAGCAACUUGUAUUAUAAGUUAGCAUGCAUUGGAGACUUAAUUAUGUUGCUUUCUGGGUUAUAAACCAAGUUCCCAAAUUGUAAUAGUGGUACUUUCAUAUUUAAAAGUACUCAUUUUAAAUCGCAAUAAAUUGUCAUUUAAUUUGCUAUGGAAAUCAUUUAUAUACAUUUGAAAGUCUUUGAGAAUGUUUUGAUCUAUUUUUAAAUUGUUUCUUUUUGUUGUCAUGCAAAUGAUAAUGUUCCUUUUGGUUUUGACUCUUUCAUUUCAUCGAGAUGAUCCUAACUAUCUUAAGAUCAUUAUUCACAGUGUUAGAUGAGCCUUCACAGUUUUCACUCCCAACAUUCUGUUUGCAUGUGCAUUCUUACAAUAUUUAAAAUGAUUAAACCAUUUCUGCCAUAUUCCUUG